CGCCCCGCCCCCGGCGUCGCGGGCCGCGUCUGUGCGCCGGCCAUGGCGGGUCCGCUGCUGCCCCGCGCGCUGCGAGCUGCGGGCCCGAGCCGCCUGCUGGCCCGGGGGGCGGCGGGGCGGGCGGGGCCGGCGGACCCGGCGCUGCAGGAGGUGGAGAGGGUGCUGCAGCAGCAGAGGAAGGCGGUGAGGCUGCGGAGGCUGCGGAGAGAGCUGGAGCCCGCGGGGCCCCCCCAGCGCAGCCUGAGCUGGCAGGCCAUGGAGCAGAUCCGGUAUUUAAGGCAGGCCUUCCCCGAGGAAUGGCCCGUGGCCCGUCUGGCCCAAGGCUUCGGUGUCAGCCCGGAUGUCAUCCAGAGGGUGCUGAGGAGCAAGUUCUCGCCACCGCUGGAGCGAAGGAUGAAGCAGGAUGCAAAGGUGUUGGGUAAACAGGGGAGCCGGGAGCAGCAGGCUGGCCCAGACUGCAGAGCUGAGCCGGGGGCCAUCUCUGCAGGAGAAGCCGCUGGGCAGCUGCUGCCUGCCAGGCCCAAGGACGUGCCCCAGCCUGGAGCCCUUAUCGCGCCGGGGGGCCCGUCCAGCAGCUCAAAGCCCCAGAGAAAUCUGCCGCUUCGGAGAGCUGGGGAGAGGCAAAACAGAAGGAACUCCCAGCUGGAGCCUCUUCAGGAGGAUGGAGCCAAGCCAGGGGCUGGGAUGGAAGCCACCCUCAGGAGAGACUGGGCGCCAGGAGGAGACCCUGGAGAGUGGGAUGGCGAGGUCCUGAGGGGGGAAGAGCUGGUGGAGUGGGCGGCGGAGGGCUGGGGCGCCAGCUCCAGGGUGGUGCAGAGGGGACAGGAAUAUUUUGACAGCCAUGGGAAUUUCUUGUAUCGGACCCCGUCUGGACUAGCACGUGGGGAGGGGGAGAGCAGCCUGCAGCCCUCUCCGCAGCCUGGGGGUGGAAAGGGUGUGUAGGGCGUGCGGGUGGCCUGUUACUGCCGGCCGGCCCGGGGCUGGCCCCUGCUGCUGGCCCGUCCCGGGGACAAAUAAAAUCUGACCAGCUCCCUGC